GCCCUACUUCUCCUCCCUUUCUCCUCCUCCUGUGGCUGCUGCUGCUGCCAGACCUCGCCAUUUCAGACCCACCGGGCUGCCCUCCCCUGCGCACCUCUUCACUGCCAGGGCAGGAGAGCGGCGCAGUCCCCCGCAGAAAGUCACGAUGUUGCAAACCCUUUUCCUAACUUUGCUGACUCUGCUGAUGGUCAAGUCACAGGACACCGAGGAAACCAUCACAUACACGCAAUGCACCGACGGAUAUGAGUGGGACCCCGUAAGACAGCAGUGCAAAGAUAUUGAUGAAUGUGACAUUGUCCCAGACGCUUGCAAAGGUGGAAUGAAAUGUGUCAACCACUAUGGAGGAUAUCUCUGCCUUCCUAAGACAGCCCAAAUUAUCGUCAAUAACGAACAACCUCAGCAAGAAACACCAGCUGCGGAAGUACCAUCGGGGGCUGCUACCGGAAGCAUAACUGCCAGUAGCAUGGCAACCAGCGGUGUGAUGCCUGGAGGUGGUGUCAUAGCCAGUGCCACUGCAGUUGCUGGCCCUGAAGUACAGACCGGCCGAAAUAAUUUUGUUAUCCGGAGGAACCCAGCUGACCCUCAGCGUAUGGCUACCAACCCUUCCCACCGGAUCCAGUGUGCAGCAGGCUACGAGCAGAGUGAGCAUAACGUGUGUCAAGAUAUCGAUGAGUGUGCCUCAGGGACCCACAAUUGCAGAGAGGACCAAGUGUGCAUCAACUUACGUGGUUCCUUCACAUGCCAGUGUCUUCCGGGGUAUCAGAAGCGGGGCGAGCAGUGCGUGGAUAUAGAUGAAUGCGCCGUGCCUCCAUAUUGCCACCAAAGAUGCGUGAACACACCAGGUUCCUUUUACUGCCAGUGCAGUCCUGGGUUUCAGUUGGCAGCAAACAACUACACUUGUGUGGAUAUAAACGAAUGUGAUGCCAGCAACCAGUGUGCUCAGCAAUGCUACAACAUCCUCGGCUCCUUCAUCUGUCAGUGCAACCAAGGAUACGAACUGAGCAGUGACAGACUCAACUGUGAAGACAUAGAUGAAUGCAGAACCUCAAGCUACCUGUGUCAAUAUCAGUGUGUCAACGAACCAGGGAAGUUCUCGUGCAUGUGCCCCCAGGGCUACCAAGUGGUGAGAAGCAGGACCUGCCAGGAUAUAAACGAGUGUGAGACCACUAACGAAUGCCGAGAAGACGAGAUGUGCUGGAAUUACCAUGGCGGCUUCCGUUGUUACCCACGAAACCCGUGUCAAGAUCCCUACGUUCUAACGUCAGAGAACCGAUGUGUUUGCCCGGUCUCAAACACCAUGUGCCGAGACAUGCCCCAAUCCAUAGUCUACAAAUACAUGAGCAUCCGAUCUGACCGGUCCGUGCCUUCAGACAUCUUCCAGAUACAGGCCACAACUAUUUACGCCAACACCAUUAAUACCUUUCGGAUCAAAUCUGGGAAUGAAAACGGAGAGUUCUACCUACGACAAACAAGCCCUGUGAGCGCAAUGCUUGUGCUUGUGAAGUCACUAACGGGACCGAGAGAAUACAUCGUGGACCUGGAGAUGCUGACAGUCAGUAGCAUAGGGACUUUCCGCACAAGCUCCGUGUUACGAUUGACAAUAAUAGUGGGGCCAUUUUCGUUUUAGCCUUUAUGAGAGUCCACCACAUGCAUUUAAAUAAGCCAAAGAAUAUUGUUACAUUAAAGCACUAUUUUAUUUAUAGAUAUAUCUAGUACAUCUGUAUCCAGACAGUUACACAAUGAUAGGAAGUGGGCAUUUAAUCUGUAAGAUUCAAAGUUUAUCUUUAUCACUGAGUGUAAAUUAGACAUUAAGCCACCAAAUGUUCUUCUUGAAGGGAGCUAAGCAUAUAUUAUCUGGUGAAACUUGGAUUCUUUCCUAUAAAAAUGGGACCAAGCAAUGAUACUGUUCUGUGGUAUGUAGAGAAAUACAUAAUUCCACAGGCCAUCUCAUGAGUAUCGGCCAUCUUAACAUCAAGAGCAAGGAGGAGGGGUUUUUUAACUGCUUUGUAAGAAAAGGGGGGAAAAGUCAAUAAAGAUAUAUUUCUUUAGAAAAUGAGAAUCUGCCAUGUUUGUGUUAAUCUGUAUUUUAGUGUUAUUGGUACUGCUUAUUGUUCAUCAGUAAAUUAUUACUGCACAAUAUAGUGGUUUCUGUAGGACUCUUGAACUAUGUCAUAAAUUUUAUCCACAAUUCCAAAUGAAUCAUAGAUCUCCUCAAAAUUUACCGCAUUGGAAAGUCUAUGAGGAGCAGUAAAGAAAACAGCUUUUUGUAAAACCAUGUUAGAAUCCUUCACAGAAGCAAGCACGUGUAGUAGAAUUGCUGAAGCAAGAAGUGCACCCAAGGUUCAGAGAGAAAUGGGAAAAGAAGUAUUUCCCUGGAGACAUCCCUGUUUCUAAGCUUGACUUCUAGCAAGCCUCUGGUUUGUCAGGAAGAGUCUAGUCCUUGUGCUUGCACGCAUAGAGGAAGGAAUGGUGGCUCUUUAACCAUUUAAGAUUCACAUUAGCCUCCAUUCCCAAUCCUAUGAAAAAGCUCCAUGUCUUGUUUGUGUAAAAUAACUGCUUCUCUUUGAUGUAUCAUAUUUUUAACUAAAAUAAAUAUUC